UUACACGGACUUCUGUGACAGACCGCUGUCACAGGAAGAGCCUACGGUAGCCCACGGGCACGCGGCCCGGAGGCAGAAGAAAGAUGAAGUCGAUUUUACGAUUUUCCUUUUUUAAAAAUCGUCCUAAUUAAAAAAUCCGAUUUCGAUUUAAAAUCGAUUAGUAGUAGUUGAACAACAGUAGUUGAAGGCGGACGUGACGUCAUUACGUCCGGCGUCAUUACGUUUCAUCAGUAUUUUCCGCGCGGGAGCUUUGGUUAUCAAACAACUAAGUUUGUGGGAAACGACAGCAGAAAACUGUCCAUUUCCUAGUCAUGGCUAUGAGGAGUGAGGCCAGGGUGGAGGCGGAGGUGGAGGAGGAGGAGAACUAUGGACCCCAACCUCUGAGCAGACUGGAGCAGUGUGGCAUCAGCGCCAGUGACAUUAAGAAGCUGGAGGACGCAGGUUUCCACACCAUCGAGGCCGUGGCCUACGCACCCAAAAAGGAACUGCUCAACAUCAAAGGCAUCAGUGAAGCCAAAGCCGACAAGAUCCUGGGUGAAGCUGCUAAACUGGUGCCCAUGGGCUUCACCACAGCCACAGAGUUCCACCAGAGGAGAGCAGAGAUCAUCCAGAUAUCCACCGGCUCCAAAGAACUGGACAAACUCCUGCAAGGAGGCAUCGAGACAGGUUCCAUCACUGAGAUGUUUGGAGAGUUCCGGACGGGGAAGACUCAGCUGUGUCACACACUGGCCGUCACCUGUCAGCUGCCCAUAGAUCAGGGAGGAGGUGAGGGUAAAGCCAUGUACAUCGACACCGAGGGAACCUUCAGACCAGAGAGGCUGCUGGCUGUGGCUGAGAGGUACGGCCUGGUGGGCAGUGACGUUCUGGAUAACGUGGCGUACGCUCGUGCCUUCAACACAGACCAUCAGACCCAGCUGCUGUACCAGGCGUCCGCCAUGAUGGCCGAGUCCAGGUAUGCUCUGCUCAUAGUAGACAGUGCUACUGCUCUGUACAGAACAGAUUACUCUGGUAGAGGUGAGUUAUCUGCCAGACAGGGACACCUGGGACGAUUCCUACGGAUGCUGCUGCGACUGGCAGACGAGUUUGGCGUUGCCGUGGUGAUCACUAACCAGGUGGUGGCUCAGGUGGACGGAGCAGCCAUGUUUUCUGCAGAUCCAAAGAAACCCAUAGGAGGAAACAUUCUGGCACAUGCAUCCACCACACGUCUGUAUUUGAGGAAAGGUCGAGGGGAGACGAGGAUCUGUAAAAUCUACGACUCCCCCUGUCUGCCCGAGGCCGAGGCCAUGUUCGCCAUCAACGCAGACGGAGUAGGGGACGCCAAGGAUUGAGGGGCGGGGCCGGGGCUGGGGCUGGGGGCGGGGCCAGCUCACUGAACUAAAGUGUCACUCUUCUGCUCCGUCCCAGUUUUGGACACUGAUGUUUGUCCAGUUAUACAACAGCGACCUGAGGACACCCCCCCCCCCCCACUUCAGAGCAGCUCAUAAAUGUCUCCAGGUUCCUUCUGUUUCUUCUACAACUCUAUUUGUAAAAGUGCAUUUAAUUUGUAAUUAAGCCCAUUUCCAAACAGUGUAACUGAAUGUAAGUAUUUUCACCUGUAUAAACGUCUGUUUGUCUUUAGUUGAACCUUCUGUAAAUAAUCAUCAGUCCUAAAAAAAGAAUUAAACUAGUUUAGAUCCACUGGAGUCCUUCACUAACAUCUGAUACUGUUCACAUAGAAUAAUAUAUUCUAGAUUAUAUACUAUUAUAUAGAGAAUAAGUGACAUGUCAGUGGGUCAGACAUCAGUGGUAAAUGAAUGUUUGUUUCUUUUCUUGUUUUUCUUCUGUUCUAACUCCAGUAUUUCGUCAUAAUCACAGUAUUUUCAAACAGACUUGAAAAUUUUUCACACUUUCUUUUAGGUCAGAAUUCAACAGUUUGUUCAUUUGUGUCUGAUUUUUAAAAUUCUAACAUUUAACAUUUGACCUGGAACCAAAAAUAAUAAUAAUAAUGUGAACCAAUAAUCACUGACAUAUGACAGGAGGAAAAAAUGUUUAUGUAGAAUACUGGAGAAAAAAGUGUUUGGUUUACUGUAUGAAACAUGACAUUUAAAGGGUUAAAAAUAUGACAGUUAUGGAGUAUUUGGUAUUUUUC